AUGGUGAGCGCAAUGGAUGAUCAGCUGGCUGACUGUCGCGAAGUAUUUUGUUACUUCGAUAGUAGGGGAGAUGAGAAAAUCAGUGUCCAACAGGUAUGGUGUUUGUUCAAAUCAUUUGCAUUCUAUAGCAUAAAUCGCGUUUAUCCAAUUUGUAGCAAUGGUGGAUCUCACUUUAUACGAGUCUUCAAUGUACGUGGAGCAUCCCGUCGCUUGUUACAUGAUGCUUCAGGGGUAGGUGAUGUGCUUCGAGCUCUCGGCCAGAAUCCCACAGAAGCGGAGAUUAGCCGAUGUUGCGGGAGUUACGAGAAAGAGGCACGUCUUUCAUUCGAAGAUUUUGUUCCAAUCUUCCAAUCGAUCAGCAAGAAUCGGUGA